CAUUACAUUUUAGGUUGAUCAGAGGGUCCACUAACUUUCAAUCGUAACCCGUGUCUUACUGUUUUCUUUGUUUAGAAAUGUGACAUGGCACAGGGGCCCAUUUCUCUUGGCCACUCCUAACACUGGGAAAGACAGGAGACCAUGUUGCUUAAUUUAUACUAAUUUUUGUUGAUCUUAAAGCUGGAAAUGCUGAAAAAAAAAAAAUUAGCUUCUGGACUAAACUUGCUCACUUUAGUUGAAGCAAAACUUGAAAAGUUUAAACCAUCUAGAACUGUGAUGAAUGAAGCUUGUAGAGAACGCACAUUCAUGACAUGAAGCACAGCGAGGAGGAUGCUGGGAGAGGUGAGAAACAUAUCCAAAGAAGAAGAGACGUUUUAAGCCCGUCACUGUGAGGGGGUUUAAUUUUGUGGAUCUUGUCUAGACACCUCAAUCUGCAACUUGUUGAAAAUGGUCACAACCGGCAAGCCUGUGUACAGUCAACUGUAAUAACAAUCAGGGAACAAUUAUUUAAGGAGGAAGACAUUUAUAGAAACUUUGCCAAGUUCCUAAGGGACAUUUUUAGAAUGGACAACUACAGUUGAUGCGAUUGCAAUAGUAAUUAUAAAAAGCUUCUUAUAAAAGGGCCCCUGGGACCGUCAUCCUCAUAAUUGUGGCCCUGAUAACAGUGAUAAAAAUGUAUUGUAUUCCAACAGAGCUUUUUUAAAAUUAUUAUUAAUAAAACACUUACCAGGAGUGAGAACAAGUAUUUAGAGUGCUAUAUAUUGCAUCUUCAGUGAAAACAAAUAUGGAUGAAAACUGACGAUAAAUAAUAAUUUAGAUUAAGUCAACAAUAAUGAUAAUAAAUGUAUUUAAGAAGAGCAAAUCCUGCUUUACUCAGAAUAGUAUUAGUUUAUUUAAUAACUAAACGCUUUUAAAGUAGUGGGCUCAUAACUAUCAGUUGAAGUUGUAAUUCUCACAAGACAAAUAAAAGAGUAAGCACUUUUUAUCCACUCAUAUCGUAUGUAGGACAUUAUGCUCAGUCCUGUCAUUGUUUGAUGACUGUGUUCUGCGCGCUCUCCCGUGAACACGCCAAGCCAUUGUUUCCGACGUUCCCGGAGAAAAAGUCCAUUGUUGCCGCGAACUUUUUAAUCUGGGGGAUUUAAAGCCCAUCACAUGCUCAGACAGAGCAGCGGGGCGCCCUGCCACUCAGCUGAAAUCCAUACCGAGGAAGAAAAAGGUUUCCCUCCGGACAGGACCUCCGGGAACAUUUUCCACACGCUGCAAUGCCUGCCCACGGCGCAGGACUGUAGGGAGUUGGGGAGUCCCACUGGACGACGGGGAGCUUCUCUUUCCGCCCUUCUGGAGCCAAUUUCAGGAUAAACAUGACGCUCAAGUACAGCCAGAGGUCUUUAAUUGUCCUGUCCUUCCUGGGAGUGCUGUCGGCCAUCAUGACCGUCUUAUCGGUGAUCUUAAUAUUCCAGCUGCGGUCCCACCAGGCGGCGGUGAAGGAGUCCACCACCGUCGCCUCCUCCUCGGUCAUACCCGCUCACGUCUGGCCAGUACUGCUGCCCGUCUCCACGGUGCUCUCAGCGCUGUCCCUCACCCUUAACUUGAGCUCCGUGGUCGUCAGUCUCCUCCACAGCUACUUUUCCACGGAGGUCUGCAGAGGGGAGCAGGACACCGAGAGAGCAGACUGGUUCCUUCUGGAUAGCAGAGCUGUACGACAUGUGGCGAUUGGACUAUUCUGCCUGGGGGUGUCUGUCUAUUUGGCAGCAAUGUCCAUUUUCAUGCUCCUGAUAUUCGAGAUGGAAACGGGCAUCGCCAGCGCCUGCAUACUCUCCUCUGGGAUCCUGAUCCUGCUGGUGGCGGUGAUACACUCCCUGGUCAAAGCUUCCCGAAGCGCCAAGCACUACAAAAGCGACCUAGCUGACACCCUCUAUCAAAACGACCACGGAAGCAGCAGCGUGCCCAUCUCACGGCCCUGUGAGCUAAGAGUCGGAGUGGACAAACUGCGUAUUCACCGCAGCCAGUCUCAUCAUAUGCAGCAUCCGAUCUCUUACCCAACGUGUGGCAACGUCAGGCAGAGGGAGCAUUAUCAGCAGCAGUACUCCCCCACCGAAGGCUCUCAGAGCCACUCUAGCGAUAAAGAUGGAUACAGCGCAGAAGAGAGCUGCCCUCGAAUGCACCGGACCUUGUCUACUGAAUCUGGCUUACUACAGGCCCAGGUGAAACCCUGGAAUGGAGUCAACAACGAGAUGAGGAGCGUUUUAGCACGCAAAUCAGGGAUUUCAGCAAAAGACUCAACGCUUGUGUGAGCUGACAUUCUUUUCAGAGGAAUGAGGAAUUAGAGAACUGAUAUCUGACUGGAAGUUUGUGGAGCAAGUGAACCCCCACCGCAGAGGGAAAGCUCUUUGUUUCUUCAGUGUACAGAUGGCAAGUUUAUCUUGUCUGGCUGCAUUCAAAAUGGCCAAGUUUCAGGUAUACAGUCAACUUUAAACAUGAUCCACCAAUCUGAAUAACACAGGUAUUGACUAGUGUUGGAUGCUGACAGUAUGAUAACCUUAACGAAAACUACCCCUGGUUUUACAGGACUGUGUAAUUUACACCACAAAUUGAAACAACAAUGUAUUACAUGAUCAAAUUGCUUUUCUAUAAAACAAAAAAGCCACUAGAUGCAACAUAAUUACAGCCAUAGAUGUUAGAAAUACCAGCAGUUCUAAAGCAGGGAUCACGACCCCAAAUGGGCUGCAAAUCAAUAAGUUUGAUUCCUGAGAUCCUCCUCAGGAAUCAAACAAAUUUCUAACAUUAUUCAGUAGUUGUCAAAUACAGAAUGUUUUUAAAAAAAUUGGGCAUAAUUUGUAAUGUUUUCCUCUUUUGCAUUUUAUAGAUGAAUAACAAGCUGAUAAUUACUCUGACAAUAUGCUCGAGUAGCCAGCCUGCAGCUUAAAUGUCAUGCUGCUCAUAGAUUGACCACUACUUAUUGUGGCACUGUAUUCAAUUUCAAACCAUAACUGGUAGUGUUUUUUCAUGUAGAAAUUUAACUGAAGUGAUUCCAAAGAGCCGUAUUUGUCUUUCUCUGAAGUGAUGGAAAAUAUUAUGGGAAAUAUUAAUUCAGCUGAUCAGCAGUACACAGUGGAAUUUAAAUUAUAGGAACAACUUUAAAACCUUGAUGUUGUUGACCAGUCCAACAAAAUGAGCUAUAAUACACCAACUGGAUAUUGAGCUGGCACAUCUGCAAACUUUAUCAUAAUACUGUAAAUACAUUAUUUCACUUUAUAAAGUGUUUUAUGUCGGAAUUGUGUGCGUGGAGCGAUUGCAUUUCUUGACGUGUUCAAAAAUAUUUCAUGUAGAACCUUAAAUAAACUGUAGAAAGAAA